UAUAAUGGCGUCAUGUACCGGGCUGGACUUCUGCUUCCGCGUCGUAUUUAUUAGUAAGUCUGCUUGUACGGUUUAAUUUGAACUAAACAGUUAAUAAUAAAUUACGCGUUGAGUUGACUGCAGUAGUAUUCAUAAUUCGUCACUCGUUCUUAGCGAUUGAAAUAGUGUGAAAAUCCCCCAGGACUCACAGAGACCCAGAGACGCGGUGGUUACAGUCACGCCGAGUUCAUGCAGAUUUGUCAUCCACGUUUUAUUUCAUUUAUUUCUGCUGAGUAAAGUAACGUAAAAUACUAAGUGAAAAUGUCGACUAAAUCGAGUAAAAAAUCAACGGCAUCAUCGGCCGCGGCGUCGUCGAGUAUAAACAUGUCCAACGUUCAAUCACCGCAGCCGAGCACGUCAACGCCGAUCGGUCGGCGUCCAGGAAGUCCUCUUUCGCCAACCAGGUACUCUCGCCUCCAGGAGAAGCACGAUCUCCAAAAUUUGAAUGAUCGUCUCGCUUGUUACAUCGAAAAAGUCCGACAUUUAGAGACCGAAAAUUCUCGGCUCACCAGAGAAGUCCAGACCAAGGAGGAGGUUGUCACCCGAGAGGUCUCUAAUAUUAAGUCUAUGUACGAGCAUGAAUUAUCAGAUGCUAGGAAGCUUCUCGAUGAGACCGCCAAGGAACGUGCGAAAUUGGAAAUCGAUACCAAGAGGUUGUGGGACGACAACGAGGAUUUCAAGGCCAAAUUGGAGAAGAAGACAAAGGAUCUUCAGAUUUCCGAGCGUAAUGCAAUCCUGUACGAGACACGGUACAACGACCUGCAAUCACAGUACAACCAGAUCCAAGCUGAGCGUAAGAAACACCAAGAGCAUGAGCGUGAAAUGGAGAAAGAAAUUGAGCGUUUGAAAGCAUUGCUGGAUGAUGCGCGUAAACACCUGGAAGAGGAGACGCUUCAGCGAAUUGAUCUGGAGAAUAACAUCCAAAGCAUGAAAGAGGAUAUCAGUUUUAAGGACCAGAUCUUCCAGCAAGAGCUGACGGAAACUCGAAGCCGUCGCCAAGUCGAGAUAUCGGAGAUCGACGGUAGGCUUGCAGAGCAGUAUGAAGCUAAAUUGCAACAGUCUUUGCAGGAGUUGAGAGACCAGUAUGAGGCGCAGAUGCGAUCCAACAGAGAAGAAAUUGAGCUUCUUUAUGAAAACAAGAUUAAAAACUUGACCUCACACGCUCAGCGUAAUUCCGGAGCAGCUAGUGUCGCGGUUGAAGAGCUUCGCCAGACAAGGACUCGCAUUGAUACUCUCAACCAGCGCAUCACCGAACUUGAGACGCUGAACAACAAUCUUAAUUCGCGUAUUCGGGAAUUGGAGAAUUUCCGCGAAAGUGAGAGAGCUAAGCACGCCGAGGGUCUGGCUUCUCUUGAAGCAGAGCUUGCACGUAUGCGUGAUGAAAUGGCCCAGCAGCUACAAGAGUACCAGGAUCUUAUGGACAUCAAGGUUGGAUUAGAUUUGGAGAUUGCUGCUUACAGGAAAUUGCUAGAGUCUGAAGAAGUUAGGCUUAAUAUAACACCAGCUCACAGUUCUUCAAUGUCUACCUCCAGUAGAAGCACUCCGUCAAGAUACACUCCGGUUCGUGGAGGAAAACGUAAGAGGACUUUGAUGGAAGAAAGUGAAGAACGCAGCACCAAUGAUUACAGCGUUUCCACUUCAGCACGUGGUGAUAUUGAAAUUGCUGAGGCUGACCCACAAGGUCGCUUUGUCAAGCUUGUUAAUAAAGGCAACAAGGAAGUCUCACUUAGCGGCUGGCAAAUAAUACGAAAGGCAGAUUCUCACGAGACAAUUUUCAAGUUUCACCGAACAGCUAAAUUAGAAGGAGGAGCAAAUGUCAUGGUAUGGUCAUCUGAUAUUGGAGCAACCCAUGAACCACCAUCAAAUAUUGUCAUGAAGGGACAAAAAUGGUUCACUGGAGAUUCUAUGACAACAAAUCUUCUUAACAACGAAGGCGAGGAAAUGGCAACUUCUGAACGUAAGAGACAACACCUGUCAACUACAAUGUCAAGACAUCGGGAAAUGGGGUUUAGAGAAUCUGAAGACAUGCAUCUACAGAAACGUUUCUUUUCCUAUAAUUGAGAGGAAGUACAGCUCUAAUAUAUAAUGGACAGACGAUGGUGAUCCCCAAGGUCAGAAUGAACGUUGUCGCAUCAUGUGAGCCUGAGAUCUGUCCAAGUUCAUGAUUUAUAAUCUACACCAUUAUUAAGGAAAAUAUAUAAGUAAUAAAACAAAUAAGCAGUUAAUAAAGUUUUAACUAAGCUAAAAUCAUUACGAUUAAUUUAAUUAUUUUGAUGGCUAAAAAAGUCAUUUACUAGAAUUAAAAUAAAGUUCUUCAUAA